AGCCCACACCAUCUCGCGCAGCCAGCACCAUGUCCCGGCUCUGGUGGCCCAGCCUGUUGGCCCUGCUGCUCCCCGCGGCCAUGGCCCAGCUGCGCCCUGAGCGCGCGCUCGAUGCCCGCUGGGAGCUGUGGAAGAAGAGCUACGGCAAGCAGUACAACGGCGAGGCAGACGAGCUGCCACGGCGGCUCAUUUGGGAGAAGAACCUGCGCUACAUUGAGGCGCACAACGUGGAGCACGCGCAGGGCCGGCGCACCUUCGAGCUCGCCAUGAACCACCUGGGCGACAUGACCAGCGAGGAGGUGGUGAGGACCAUGACAGGUCUCAAGGUGCCUCGCGACCGGCGGCAGCACAACGAGACACUCUACAUGGACCAUGGGUCUGAGAGGGUCCCAGGCGCUGUGGACUGGAGGAAAAAGGGCUACGUGACACCUGUGAAGAACCAGGGCCAGUGCGGCUCGUGCUGGGCUUUCAGCUCGGUGGGCGCACUCGAGGGGCAGCUGAAGCGCAGGACAGGUGAGCUGCUCGCGCUGAGCCCCCAGAACCUCGUUGACUGUGUGAGCAACAACGACGGCUGCGGAGGCGGUUACAUGACCAACGCCUUCGAGUAUGUGCGGCAGAACCGCGGCAUCGACUCCGAGGAUGCCUAUCCCUACAUUGGCCAGGAUGAGAGCUGCAUGUACAGCCCGAGCGGGAAGGCGGCCAAGUGCCGUGGCUACCGGGAGAUCCCUGAGGGCAACGAGAAGGCUCUGAAGCGGGCGGUGGCCCGUGUGGGACCUGUCUCCGUGGGCAUCGACGCCAGCCUGCCCUCCUUCCAGUUCUACAGCCGUGGUGUCUACUAUGAUGAGAGCUGCAAUGGGCAGAAUAUCAACCACGCAGUGCUGGCCGUGGGCUAUGGCACCCAGAAGGGCUCCAAGUACUGGAUCAUAAAGAACAGCUGGGGUGAGGAGUGGGGCAACAAGGGCUACGUGCUGCUGGCACGCAACCGGGACAACACCUGCGGCGUCGCCAACCUUGCCAGCUUCCCCAAGAUGUGAAYGCUGCCUGAAGGCCC